AUGGAUUCUGGCCUGCUGAUUCCCCAACCGUCAACGAACUUUGCAACAGUCCAGGUGCAUGCGCUGUCGGGCGGCUACUUCACCCUGCCGGAAGAGCAGUUCGUCAAACCGGCGACUCCGGGAGCGCGCAAGACGGUCCCCUCGUUAUGCUUCCUGAUCGAGCACACCAGCGUCUCGAACGGGGUCAAAACACGCAUCGUCUUUGACUUGGGAUUACGUCGAGAUCCCGAUCGUUAUUCGGAACCUAUCCGCCGCCACAUCGCUACUCGCCAGCCCCUGACCACUGACCCAGAUGUUGUCAAGAGCUUGGCCGCUGGCGGUCUAAGCCCGGAAGAUAUCCACUACGUUAUCUUCUCACAUGUCCAUUGGGAUCACGUCGGCGAGCCGCGCGAUUUCCUCCGCAGCACGUUCGUCGUCGGCAACGGCUCUCUGGAUGUGCUGCACGGCAGACACCACUCCCUGCGAGGUGGCCACUCAUUCUUCGAAGCCGACCUCCUAGACCCGUCUCGAACCAUUCAGCUAUCGGACCCCAGACAGAGCCCAGAUGCUGACAGCCUGACGUCUAGAGUCACAUCAGCCACACAAUCUCGACCUCCGAUAGAUUUCCGCCGGCCGUGGGAACCCUUUGCCGGGCUCCCAGCGACCCUGGAUCUCUUCGGAGACGGCAGUCUCUACAUCGUCGACGCGCCGGGCCACCUCCCAGGGCACAUCAACCUCCUAGCCCGGACGGAACGGGACGGGGCUUGGGUCUACUUGGCCGGCGAUGCGUGCCACGACCGGCGGAUUGUGCGGGGAGAGAAGGAGAUUGGCGAAUGGCUGGACGGGGAGGGCCAUGUGUGUUGCAUCCAUGCCGAUCGCGGCAGGGCCGAGGAUACAAUCUGCCGGAUCCGGAGUCUGGGGGAAAAAGGGGUUGAGGUCAUUUUUGCUCACGAUGCUGAGUGGGAGUGCAAGGCGAGCAAUCGGCACCGCUUUUUGGAUGCCGACGGCUUCUGA